GCGGGGUGGGUGCUGUAUCCUGGCUCUUGCUGGGAGGCUAGGCGUAGAACCGUUGCAUUUUCUGUGCAAACUGUGCGGGAGACACCCAAGGCAGCUGCACUCCGAAGUCAUAAAGAAUGUAGUGGAGUACUUCGUCCUUCCUGCGUCCUCGCAGCUCUUCUUGCAAGCUGCCCCAUGGGCCUUGAACCAGAAGGUCCCUGGGGAGAAACUCCUUGAGGUGUCCAGGUUGAGACAAGGAGGGGUCCCAGUGUGAGAACUAGAUGGUGUGAAGCCAUCCCAAAACCAGGAAAUGGCUACAGCCUUGGAACCAGAGGACCAGGAUCUUUGGGAAGAAGAGGGAAUUCUGAUGGUGAAACUGGAAGAUGACUUUACCUGCAGGCCAGAGUCUAUCCUACAGAGGGAUGACCCCGUGCUGGAGACCUCGCACCAGAACUUUCGACGUUUUCGCUACCAGGAAGCAGCAAGCCCUCGAGAAGCUCUCAUCCGGCUCCGAGAACUUUGUCAUCAGUGGCUAAGGCCAGAGAGGAGGACAAAGGAGCAGAUCCUAGAGCUGCUUGUGCUGGAGCAGUUCCUCACCGUCCUGCCUGGAGAACUGCAGAGCUGGGUGCGGGGCCAGCGGCCAGAGAGUGGCGAGGAGGCAGUGACACUGGUGGAGGGUUUGCAGAAACAGCCCAGGAGACCAAGGCGGUGGGUGACCGUCCACGUUCAUGGACAGGAAGUCCUGUCAGAGGAGACAGUGCACCGAGGGGCAGAGUCUGAAUCCCCCAGUGAGCUACAGGACCCAACACAGCCUUCGACCCUUGAGCAGUCACAUGAGGAAACCAGCCAGACCCCAGAUCAAGGGACACCAGAACGGCAGAGCCAACACUGUGAAGAGGAGUGCCAGCCCCUGCAGGAGAACGAGGUGCCAGUGCUCCAGGACCGAGACCCUCCUGCAGAGAGGAGCUCUGGAGACCCAGACAUGGUUGCCCUUCUGACUGCUCUGUCGCAGGGACUGGUAACAUUCAAGGAUGUGGCUGUAUGCUUCUCCCAGGACCAGUGGAGUGAUCUGGAUCCCACUCAGAAAGAAUUCUAUGGAGAAUAUGUCCUGAAAGAAGACUGUGGAAUUGUGGUUUCUCUGUCAUUUCCAAUCCCCAGACUAGAUGAUAUCUCCCAGGUUAGAGAAGAAGAACCUCAGGUCCCAGGUAUCCAUGAACCUCAAGAGCCUGAAGAGCCAGAAAUCCUGAGUUUUACCUACACAGGAGACAGAAGUGAAGAUGAGGAGGAGUGUGUUGAGCAAGAUCUAAGUUUGGAGGAUACACAUAGGUCUAUCUUAAGAGAUCCUGAAAUUCACCAGACUCCAGACUGGGAGAUCGUCUUUGAGGAUAACCCAGAUAAAACUAAUGAAAGACGAUUUGGUACAAAUAUUUCUCAAGUUAAUAGUUUCAUGAAUCUUCAGGAAACCAUACCUGUACACACCCUGUUAGGGAGGCAUCAUGACUGUACUGUAUGUGGGAAAAGCUUCUCAUGUAACUCUCACCUUAUUAGACACCUGAGAACUCACACAGGAGAGAAGCCCUAUAAAUGCAUGGAGUGUGGAAAAAGUUAUACACGGAGCUCACAUCUUGCCAGGCACCAAAAGGUUCACAAGAUAAACACAUGUAAAUACCCACUGAAUCGGAAGAAUGUGGACAAGACCUCCCCACUGAGCCAAGCUGAGAGAACACCAUCUGUGGAGAAACCCUAUAAAUGUGAUGAUUGUGGAAAACAUUUCCGCUGGGCUUCAGACCUUGUCAGACAUCAGAGGACACAUACAGGGGAAAAACCUUUCUUCUGUACUGUUUGUGGCAAAAGCUUUAGUCAGAAAUCUGUAUUAACCACACACCAAAGAAUCCAUCUUGGAGACAAACUCUACUUGUGUGGAGAGUGUGGAAAGGACUUCAGUGAUCAUAGGCAGUAUCUGGCCCACCAGAAGACACAUGCAGCUGAGGAGCUGUACCUCUGCAAUGAAUGUGGGCGCUGUUUUAACCACAGUGAAGCAUUUUCUAGGCACCUGAGAGGGCAUGCUUCAGCAAAGCAGUGUCAGUGCACCGAAUGUGGGAAAAGCUUCAGUCGGAGGGACCAUCUGGUCAGGCAUCAACGUACACACACCGGGGAGAAACCAUUCACUUGCCCUACCUGUGGGAAGAGAUUUAGCAGAGGAUAUCACUUGAUCAGGCAUCAGAGGACCCACUCAGCAAAGACCUCCUAGUGAGGUACCCAUGUGAGAACAUCCGUAUUCAGCCAUCCCCCAGAAUGGGGCAGGAGAAGCUCUCAGGGCAGCCUGGAAAGACCCUUUCUAAGGCAUCUCCUGAACCAGCCAGAUCUUACUUAACCUCUUCCCACCAUCAAAUAGCAACUUCAAGCAGAACUUCUAACCUUGUUCUGUGCCAUGAGCUGUUUUGCCCAAAGUACAACUUAAAUUGAGGCUUCUACUUCACUGUAGUGCUCCUGCCUCUACCUCAUGAGUGUUGAAGUAGGAGAAUUAGAAGACUGAAGAGGUUGUCAUCAUUCUGUUUUCCAAAUAUGCUGUUACAUAUCCUCAAAAGUAUCAACCUCAUGUUUAAGGUGGCCAAGGACAGCCCUUAGGUCUGGCAAGGGCCUUCCUGGGCUCAAAUCUUAAAGCACACAGCUGUGAACUUGAGACAGGAGAUUUGCAUCCUGAUGACUUUGCAACAAACACAGGAUAACGUACAAAUCCUUUACUGUCUAACUCACUUGUUCACCAUGCACUUUCUUUUGAUUCUAGGGAGAAAUGGGAAAAAGUUCAAGGACAGAACUCUCACGACUGCUUUAUUUGUACCUUGACAAGCUGCUCCCUUCACCAUCAUCAGAAUGAUAUCAGAUGGCAGCCACUGCCAGAAUGGAAGGCCUGGUCAGAAGCCUGCUUCCUUGUUUGUUUUUCCUGUGUUCAACCUUCUUACUAUUUAAUAGUCUGGUCCCUACAACUUCUGUUAUUGAGAUGUAACACUUGAGGGGUUCCAUAAAGUAUAAUUAAAUCAUGAAAUCAGCCAUGGGGGCAUAAACCUGUAAUCCCAGCAUAUGAGAGGCUGAGGCAGGAGUAUCAUU